UACUCAAGUUGAAUGGUUACCAUGGUCUCAACAAAUGAGCAAAGAUCUAUCAUACACUACUGAACAAUUACAAUUGUUGGCGUCUGUUGCUAAUGAUGAUUUAGCUGUUGAUUUCACCAGUUCCACAAAAGGUUUAACUACUUAUUAUGCUGGUAAAUACUUGGAUAAAUAUGCUUACAUCUUGCUAGUUAUUGACUCUAUUAUCCAAGAUGAAUCUGUUAGAAAUUCAACCUUGGAAAGAUUAAAAGAUGCUUUUGAUACAUUUUUGGAUAAUGAACAACUUUUCCCAUUGAUGUAUGAUACAAGAUACGGUGGUGUUACGUCUACUGCAGCUCAAAAUGGUGACACUGGUGCUGAUUUUGGUGGUUCUUAUUACAAUGAUCAUCAUUUCCAUUAUGGUUACUUUAUUCAUGCAGCAGCUGUUAUUGGUAUGGUUGAUGCUAAGCUUGGUGGUUCAUGGGCUCAAGACCAUAAAGAUUGGGUUAACUCAUUAGUUAGAGAUGUUGCUAAUCCAAGUAAAUCAGAUACUCAUUUCCCAGUUUCAAGAAUGUUUGAUUGGUAUGCUGGUCACUCGUGGGCUGCUGGUUUGUUUGCUGCUGCUGAUGGUAAGAAUGAAGAAUCUACAUCUGAAGAUUAUAACUUUGCUUAUGGUAUGAAAUUAUGGGGUAAAGUUAUUGGUGAUUCUUCUAUGGAAGCUAGAGGUGAUUUAAUGAUUUCCAUUAUGGCCAAGUCUAUGAAUGAUUACUUUUUAUACUCUGAUGAUAAUGAUGUUGAACCUGAACAAAUUAUUGGUAAUAAAGUUAGUGGUAUCUUAUUUGAUAACAAAAUUGAUCACACUACUUGGUUUGGUACAAACACUGAGUAUAUCCAUGGUAUUCACAUGUUACCUGUUACUCCAAUUUCAUCAGUUGUCAGAGGUCCAACUUUUGUUUCACAAGAAUGGUCUCAAGUUAUUUCACCAAUUGUUGACUCUAUCAAUAGUGGGUGGACUGGUAUACUUAGAUUAAAUCAAGCUUUGACUGAUCCAAAGAGCUCAUACAAUUUUUUUUCACAAGACAAUUUCUCAAGUGCUUGGUUAGAUAACGGUCUAAGUAGAACCUGGUGUCUAGCAUUCAGUGGUGGUUUGGCUAAUGCUGUUUGAUUCUUUAUGAUUAUCUUAUUUGUUAUAGUUCUUUAUUUUUUAUGUUCGUUUUUUCUUAC